AGUUCUGUUUCACGUUGUAGAAUCGUAAACACUAAACAGUAAGGGUAAACAAUCGAGGAAAUGCGAAGCGUUGUUUCUGUUUCGGUCUCCGGUUGUUGUUAUGACAGUUAAGAGACAACGCAGAGGCUCAUUCCAAGAUUUUAGGGAACCGUGUUCAGUGGAUGCGAAUUUCGUUAUGUGAAAGGUGUAUAGUUACUAUCUUUACAGAAAUUCGUAAUAAUUUCUGAGGCAUUUAAAAAAUGAUGGCAUUAAACCGUAAUCCUGUGCCAAUGAACGCCGCUUUGUUUGUUUUAUCUUUACAUGGCAAAGGAAGGUCUAAACUCAAUAUAUUUCACUCAAGAUAUUACAGAGUCGAAGGGAGAAUCAACGCCCUUAAAAAUAUUUUGGAUUGCAAUUAUAGUCAAGCUUACACUGUUUUCAAAAAAUACAGACAGCUAAGUAAUGCUAGUGUUGAGAAUAUGGUGAAAACUGGUGCAUUAUUGGAUAAGUUAGGGGUUGAUAAAGCUGAAAUUUAUAAUUAUCCAGAGCUACUAACAGUGCCUCCUGUAACAGUUGAGAACCGUGGCAUGCUUCUUAAGGAAGGUGGAUUUCAAAAGAUUGAAGCACAUAUUUUACUAAACUUCAUACCUCUGGUUCGGAAACGAGCAGCGCUCUUCAAAGCAUAUGGUUAUAUACCAUAUGAGACUGAUAUAGCUCAGUCAUUUUUGUCACAUACUGAAUCUCCACCACCAGACAUAGAACCUUAUGUGUGCACAGCACCUAUUGAGAAAGCAACUUUUGCUGAUCUUCAUAAUUCUGUAUUACGGUAUUACCUCUCAUGGCGUCUUCAAAUUGAUCAGGACAGGAUAACCAAAAUGAUGAACACAUAUAAACGCUUCAAGUACAAAAGUCUGCGGUUGAUGGUACGCACAUUGAAAAUACUUGAAGAUGACCUUGGGUUUUCUCGUGAAAAGAUUCUCAGUAAUGCCUACUUAAUUCACAGUCAUCCUGACAACACACUGAACACAUUGAGAUCAAUACCAACAAUUGGCGGUAUUGACACAAGGAUUAUGCUGAAUAAUUUUCCAAAGAUUAUCAUGACAAACACAGAGACAAUAGAGAAAAUAUUGGGAUAUUUGAAAGAGCACGGAAUCUCAGAUGUGGCAAUCCAACGCUGCCCACAUGUAUUUACACUCAGCAGUGAGACGGUUCGUUGGCGUUUAGAGCAGUUACAGGAGGUACCUGAAUUUCAAGCACUGGUGAAACAUCCUCGAGUGUUACGUCUGGUUCACUAUCAAAACAAAGCUCAGAGUCGCUUAGACCACCUCCAUGAAGCUCAAGUGCGUUGUGCUAGUCUACAUGUUCUCUGCACAUCACGAAAGCACUUUCAGAAGUACGUGACUGAGGGAUCAGACAGGACAAAAGGAAUGGAUAUAAUGUAUUAUCUGUCCUCGGUACUGAAAAUAGAUGAAACAAUCAUUCGCCAUUCCAUGCAGCUGCAUCCUUUUUAUUGUCAUGUGCCACUUGUGAGCAUAAAGAGCACAUUAGAUCUUCUUUUGGAACGGGGCUAUACCGAGCAACAGAUUUUAGAGAAUGUGCAGCUUCUUCUCUAUCCAAGAUCUGAUGUGGAAGAUGAACUGAAUAGAUUGCCAUGUCGAGAGGAGCUGUUACCUGAACAUUUGUGUGUGGACUCAGAAGAUUUUUGUAUUUUGAAGGACCACCACCUUGGACUGUGUUUGUACUUCCUAGAAAGGAGGCAUCACUUCACAGGAAACGGAGUUUGGCCAACAAAUGCCCAUAAGCAUAAAGCUCUUUCUGCUGGUUCAGUUGAAGAGACUGACUUAGCUUAAAUAUUUACCACCAACUAUUCUUCUCAUUUGCAGUUUUGGUGGUUCAUACUGUCCUACUAAUGUUGGCGUACGUUGAUAUAAAUUCACAGGAGCUCUUCAAAACACUGAUGAAAGAAUAUACCAGCAGUAUAUCUCUCAGUUCCUUCCAUAAACAUGAGAGCAAUUGCAAAACUGCCCAUAAAUAAAUCACCGAAAUUUUGGUAAUAAUUUGGAAAAUAUUUUGGUAAAAGCAAAUCAUCAUUCUACUAUCCUCACGUGUAUAAUACUAUUUAAAAUACAUUCUUGUAAAUGAUAGUUAUUAUAACUGCUUUCAGUGUGUUUAAUGCCAAAGAUGAUUUUAAUUUUGCUUAAAGAAUGUUAUUCCUUUAGAAA